AUUCUCCUUUCCAAUCCUAUCGAUUCUAGGAAAGUUCAAUGUAAUUGGUUGCGCAACUGUACAUCCUUUGAUGAUACAAAAAUACCGUGGUAUUGUUAGUUAUACAUGAGUACAAAAUUGAGUAACGCGGGAUGUAAACAAAAACAGAAGAAACGAGAAAACUGAACGACGCCAUCUGCAACCGAGAAUAAGAGUCAAAAUACAGUCUGGUCGUUUUGAUCUGUUUUCCGUAGACGACGACCAUCGCGAAUGUCAUGUGAGGAAGCCCGCAAGGGAGAGAGGCUUUCUUUUUGUUUUUUCGCUCUCACAAAGGGGCAGAGAGUGCGCUAAAUUUAAGGUUUCCAGACGUAAAAAACUCAAGCUAUUCUUGGCGCCAGGCCAGACUAAAAAUCGACCAGUGUGCUUACGACUGCUAUAUAUGUUAUAGACGACGUCGCGUGGAAAAAUACCAAAACAAUGGCUUAAACCCACCAAACAUCGGAAAUAAAAUGACUGAAUCACCACAAUCAAUAGGCGUGGAAAAUUUUAAAUCCUCUACAGCUAGAACUGCUACACCACUUCAGUCAGCAAAAAAUGAGGUGGACGAUGUUAGCAAUAAUUUAGAAUACAGGUUUGAACAGAACAGACUGAAUAGCUAUGUCAACUGGAGAUGCCGGUAUGUUCAUCCUGAAGAUCUUGCACGGGCGGGUUUUUACUACACUGGACAAAUCGAUAGAGUUCGUUGUUUCGAAUGCCGCACUGAAAUUUGCCGUUGGGAAGAAGGUGACGAUCCAGAAACGGAACAUAAACGGUGGAGCGGUCGUUGCAGGUUAAUCCGCGGAAAAUCAUGCGGUAACGUACCCAUCGGUGUUAAUCCCGACAACAUCGAAGUAACAAGACCAAGGAGUCGCGACGUCUGCGGACCUUAUAGAUUAAAUUAUAGGAUGGAUGCUGAAGCUGAUACUCAUAUGCCGUUAAGUGCGUCGCCACAAAGCGAAGAACAACAGCAACAGCAGCAACAAUUGCCUUCAGCCGCGGCAUUAGGAAGCCUUGGUUUCGCAAUUGCCAAACGUCCCGAUUUUCCGGACUACACUACUUAUGAAGUAAGGUUGCAGACUUUUGCCAACUGGCCGACCUCGAUGGUUCAGACGAAAGAACAAUUGGCUGAUGCUGGUUUCUUCUACACCGGGACGGGUGAUCAUACAACGUGUUUUCAAUGCGGUGGUGGUUUGAAGAACUGGGAGCCACAAGAUGACCCAUGGGUUCAACAUGCCAAGUGGUUCUCUACCUGUUUCUACAUCAAACUUAGAUUAGGACAAGAGUUUAUUAAUAAUGUUACUGGAAAGAUGGUGCCACCACCUUCGGAAGAGGAAAUCUCCAGAAUGAAACUUCCAAGCUGUAUAAAGAAAGUUGAGUCAUCAGUACCGCAGAAAUGUGAACUCGUAGAAGAGUCGACACCAAAUGAAAAUACUGCUGCUGGACCAAGUAGUACGGAGUGCCCGACGCCAAAACCUCGAACGAUGAUACAGGUACAAAGGGAUUCGAAAGAAUCGACGGUAUCGACGAAUUGUAAUAGUGUUGCAAAGCCAGAGGAGUCACAGCAAUCAAGUGAGAGAAAACCAGUAGACUCUGAUGCACGAUUAUGUAAAAUUUGUUACAAUGAGGAGCUCGGCAUUUUAUUUGUGCCGUGUGGACAUAUCGUCACCUGCGUUAAAUGCGCACCUGGCAUGACUACCUGUGCCUUGUGCCGUAAGAAAAUCGAUCUUACUGUGCGCGCUUAUUUCUCAUAAUUUUUUUUUUUCGAGGAUUUUUAUAAGCCUAGCGAAUGCAUUUUUUCAGUCAACAGCUAUAAAAAGCCUGGGAAUGGCUUUAAACUGUUUGACGACGACUCAUGCGUUACGUUGGCAUUGACUAUGAACGCAAGGGCGAUGUUUAUUAAUCGUGCACACGAUUUUAUCAAAUGUAUACGAAUAUACGAAAAAGAAUUUUAAGCGUGUGGAUAUUGUGAUACUUUAAAAAGUAAAUAAAAAAGAAAAGUUGGUAUUUUUCUUGGUCGGUCUUGAUUUCGCAAUUAAUCACAGAUUUGUUGUUUCUGUGUAAUGAUCAAAAUCGAAUGUAAAUUAGACAAGAAUAGUAAUACUUUGCCUUUGUGUUUUUAGUCCCGGUUAUUGUUUGAAAUAGAUGGACAUGAUGAAAGUAAUGUGCUAUGGACGCAUGAAGUCUAGUCAUUAACAGUAUUAAUGUAUAUUUUUUAUAUAAAGGAAAACCUUUACAAAAAUUCAAAUAUUUACAAUAUCAUAUUAUUUUUAUAAAACAGUAAAAAAUGCAAAUCAAUUAAAUUUCCAUAUAAUUUUAUAUUACUUUAUCUAUUAUUUGCAAUACAAAACAAAAUAAACUAUUAAAUUUUCAAGUGUAAAUAAAGUUAAGCCUCCUAGUGACUAUAUAAAGGGCUCGGGGCCUUAAGGUUGAACAAAAUGUCUAUAUAUCGCGCAUCUUGUAAUAAACAUGUUUUCAUUCAUUUAGAAAUAGUAGAUGUAUAGUAUACUUUACAUUUAUAAAAAUUUAAAUUAGUGAUUGGAAAAUUGAAUUUUCUAAUUAAGAAGUUUUCUCAUAAAACAAUUGGAUACUAAAUCUGGUUAAUACAGAACAAAAUAAGCAACAUUAUAAAAUAGUUAGCUUUGUCACGGAAAUGUAGAUUUUCUGGUAAAGUAUCGCUGAGAUAUAAAAAUACGGUCAAAACGUAAUCUAAUAAAUGAAAAUAGAAUAUCGAAUAAAAUAAUAGAUAUAUUUUCUCGAAGAAAUUUCGUAUGAAACGUUAUAGUACAUUACGAUACAAGUGCGGGAAAGUAGAUUCUAGUCUCGUGUAGCGUUUACGCCCGAGCAAAGCGAGGGUGGAAUGGUACACGAGACGAGAAACUCAUUCCCGAACAUGUGCCGUACCGUAUUUCUUGAUACGACGUGUGGAAAGUGCGAUUUUCAACGUACGUUUUUUGCCGAGCGUGCGAGAAAAACGCACUUUCCGCACGGAGUGUCGAAAAGUUUAUUUUCAAAUUACUUUUAUAUUUAAUUUUAUUAUAUAUAGCGUCUCUUCGAGAAAGUAUUUCUAGAGUUUUUGUAUAUGAACAUUAAGAUUGGUAUUGAAGAAAACAUAAUAAAAAAAAUUUUUA